AUGAUGGAACAAGCUGGUGAAAUGAAUUUCUAUCAACGUACGAAAAGUUUGAUAGGACAUGGCCUCAUCAAAUUCUUCUGGAGAAGACUCAUCGCCGACCCUGAAACGGCACUGUUCCGUGAGAUGAUUAGUGCUGACUUCCCAGACCUGCUCGACUUGGCAUCAAAAUGUCCAUUGAUCAUGGCGAAUACCAAUGAUUUCUACGAAAUACCUCGACCAACGCUAGCCAAAGUAGUGAACAUUGGUGGUGUAGGAAUGACAACACGAGAUGUGAAGCCGCUGCCCAAGGACAUAGAGAAAAUUAUGCAAAAAGGAAACGGAGUUGUGCUAUUCUCGUUUGGAUCAGUUGCUGCAGCUCAUCAAAUGCCCCAGGAGUGGAAAGUGAUUUUCAUGGAGGCCUUCAAGAAGCUUCCUAAUUAUCAAUUUUUGGUUAGAUAUGAAAAGGAUGACCUGAACGGUAAUUUCUUCAGCUCGAUACUCUUUGCCGUGAUGGUUUUUGAAGUAAGAAUCCUCUGCAUAUCCUUUAUUUUAGACAUGCUCCCCGAGAACGUACACUUAUUCCAAUGGCUUCCCCAGUCAGACAUUCUUCAACACCCCAAAACCAAGGCAUUCAUCACUCACGGUGGUUACAAUAGUGUCCAAGUAAGUGUUUUACAACAACAUUGGGUUUUCGGAUUGAAAAGGAGCAAUAACGGUGUAAUAGGAACUAUACUCCCAUCAAAUUACUUGAGAAUAAAUUUCUUAGAAAAGAACCAGGAAUAUUGUGGUGCGUGGCACUAUAGUGAUCCUUUUGGUCCCGUUCCGAACCACUCAUUUUCACUCCGACUAAUGCUUUCUUUCGGUUCUACCCUCCCACAACAAAAGAAACGUUGCGUCGGCCAUCAAUCAAGAACAAUAGUAUACGGCUCCAAUCUUUCCCAUUUAAAGGGCUCCCAGUAG